AUGGCCUCUCGCAAGAGUCCGUAUCCAUUGUCCACCAUGAAGGGUUGUUCACUUGUCGAAGGGUUGUCCGUCCGACCUCAAGCCUUGAAUAUGAGAUGUACGGACUUGCGGGUACAUUUCAGUAGGUGGAGUAUAGCCAGAUCUAUUGAGACGAUUCCCGGAGCGCAUGAAGAGAAUGGGGUCCCCGAGGGGCAUCUCCGCGUUCCCACAGCCACCACAACAUGUGUACUUGUCAGGACACCUGAUCCUGUGGGGAAAAUAAAAGAAAGACUACGUAUGUUCCAUGGGGCCGAAGCCGCCAAUGAACCGCCUGGAGCACCGCCUGGAGUGCUUUUCGGCGGGAAGGCCGCCGUACAACGCCAAGAACUCUCACUGGUUGCGUACUAUCCGUCCGUAGUCAAACAUGGUGAGAGGUUUCCCGCUGUUAAUGUCGGGUUGAGGCAAGCAGGUGUGCGUAGGAAACCUGUAUUAAGCAUGACAGAAACUAGUACCAAGAGUGAAAAAACCGGUAUCAAAAGAGCAAAAACCAGUAUUAGGACGUCAAAAACCGGUACUAGGAAUGCAGAAACCCGUAUUAGCAUGACAUAA